CUUGCAGUUGUACUAAUUAAUGUGUGAAGAUAGCCUAAGCAGUGAGCACGUAAAAAAUAAAGAGACUAAUUAAGCACAUGUUCUGCAUAGUUUUUUUUCUUUAGUAUUAACUUAAUUAAUUAGUGAUGGAAACUGAACAAUUGAAGGCUAAGUAUGCUCUAAUUCUUCGUCUGCAAGCUCAAUUACUGGAGCAAAACAGAAAAUUUAGAGGAAACACUUUUCAACCAGUACAUGAUGUGCUACCGAAUUCGUCCCUGACGGAAAGGGAAAAUGAGCUGGCAGUGGGAUUCAAGAAGUACGAAAAGGGGAAAAAUGGGCUUCCAGUUCUACAACGGAAACAAAAAGGAAAAGAAAAUCUUAGUAAGCCUUGCGAGCAGCUUUUCUGUUGCAUGAUGAAAAAAUGGCAUAGUAAUUAUAUCUGUCCCAUCAAACAAGACUUGGAGGAAUUAUCCAGAAUGUCACUAGGUAUUUGUUCAGUAAGCUACUAUCGAGACUGGUCCAGUAGAGAAAUGUCAGCUGAAUUAGAGAAAGUCUUCAAAGGACUGGAUAUCUGUGGAGGCUACUGCUUGUGUGUGAAGAGUGGAAAGUUCCUGAAACAUUUUCAAAGUAAUGUUCCCGAUGGAAAAUCUAUCAAGUCCAAACAAAGUUUAUUAUCCUGUCCUGUCAAACUCGACCACUUUUAAAACAAAUACGUACCUUUAUGAGCUUCGGUCAACUUGUCAGCCCUAAGGGUUGCAUCUUUUAACAGUGAUUGAUAAUCUAGGAUAAAGUUCUUUUCCUUGUCGAAAAACUCGUCAACCUCCUUUUUUGUAGACCCAAGCAAUAUCUCUCAGUCGUUGUAGAAAACGAUCUAACAGUUUCUCCUUUUUGUUUUUUCCUCGUACUGACAACUGUGAAUAUUCAAAAGCAUUACUAGA